AACGCGAUACAGAGGUGUUAUUUAAUCGUUGGGACGUUUGGGGUCACUACCGUGAUAAACGCCCAUUUCUUACAGCAUCGAAAAGGUGCAUCAACGAGACCUGUUUUGGAUAAAAUGCAAAUGCAUUUAAAAUUACAAGAAGACUUCGAUGAACAGGUGGCCAGGGAAGUGUAAUGAAUGAAACCUCUGUGUUUUGAAUUGCCUCAACCAAGCCACACGUUUCGCCUGUCGUAAAUUUUGAUUGGCAAAAUGCUUUUUAGUACGUGAAAAUCUUAGCAUAACGAGUGGUUAUCUCAACAACACUGCAAAGUUUCGAUGCUUCUUCAAGAAGGGAUGGUAAUUCGGUCGAAAACCGAAUCCAACUUCGAAGACUCGCUGCCUGCGCGCGGCGUAGCGAAGGAUCGGGUUAUUAUCAAUGUAGGAGGGUAUCGCCAUGAGACGUACUUAAGCACACUUAAAGUUGUACCGGAUUCGCGGCUGGCUUGGAUAGCUGAAAAUGCUUCAAAGCAAGCUGAGUAUGACCCCGAGAACAACGAGUAUUUCUUUGACCGACAUCCAGGGGUAUUCGUCAGUAUUAUCAAUUACUAUAGGACCGGCAAGCUGCACAGCCCGAGCGAUGUUUGCGGGCCGCUAUUUGAAGAGGAGCUGGCUUUUUGGGGUAUCGAUGAGUUACAGAUGGAACCUUGUUGUUGGAGUAAUUACACGCAACAUAGAGAUGCACAAGCCACUCUUAAGGCCUUCGAAGGCUUGCAGAAAAGUGUCGAGGAAUCCGAAAACGAAAACAGUCCAUUCAAAGUUCGAAAGAAGGUUUCAUCGCGAAUGAAGUGGAAAAGCGAAAUUUGGGCCAUGUUGGAAGAACCAUACUCUUCGAAAUACGCGCAGAUUUUUGCAAUGGUGUCUUUGAUCGUGAUCAUCUUGUCAGUAGCAACGUUUUGUAUGGAAUCUAUAGAAAAGCUGAAACAAAAUUACAAGGGCUUGUUUGAAGGCAUGGAAUACUUCUAUCUCGUUUGGUUUUCAGCAGAUUUCCUGGCGAGACUGCUGACAUGCCCUUCUCUGGUAACUUUCUUCAAAACGUUCAUGACAUGGGUUGACAUUGCAUCUGUAAUACCACUUUACGUUAAUUUGGCAAUUGGUGACGAAGAAACAAGUGUGUCAGGCACCCUUAACUUUCUUUUCGUUCUCCGGUUGAUCAGGAUUUUCAGGUUAUUCAGGUUUUUCCGGACCAUGAGUGGUAUGCAAGUGAUCGGGCACACACUCAGGGCCAGCGCUAGGGAGCUGUUUCUCCUGAUUCUUAUCCUCUUGAUCCCUAUGGUUAUUUUCUCCACGUUGGUUUUCUACGCAGAAAAGAGUCAUCAAGAAAGGGAUUUUUACAGCAUCCCAGAAGCCUUUUGGUGGGCUGUAAUUACCAUGACAACAGUGGGCUACGGUGAUGUUCAUCCCAAGUCUUUUCUUGGAAAGAUUAUUGGUACGGUUUGCGCAUGCGUAGGAGUUCUAAUCGUGGCACUUCCUGUCUCAGUGAUUGGCAGUAAUUUCACGUUGUUUUACUCUCACGCACAAGCUCAGUUGAAACUUCCGAAAAAGAAAAAAACACCGCUUUUACUCGGUGCUGCAGGCGCACUCGUAUCCGAGUCCACUUUGUACAACAACGACGGAAACUCAAACAUUUCCGAAGACGGGGAAAGUCCAACCCCUCGGGAAGAAGCCUUGGCUUUACCUCGAAAGAGUCUUCGGAAUCCAUCGAUAACUCCUCGUUGUCGUUCGGUUCGACGAGAAACUGCAUUACCACCCGCUGCAUUACCAACAUUAGAGUCGGACGCCUCAGAAAUAGACCGUACUUCCAAUGGGAAGAAGAGUAUGGAGGAGUUGUUCUCAUCACCCCCGACGGGUAGCGCACUAGAUAUCUCCAGCGGUCUCAAGGGGGCCAGUGACGUUAUGCUAAAUAUAACAGCUCCUACGCACGUACACCGUCGCAUGGCGAUUUCUCCCGCACCGUCUCCUCCGGUAAGAAAAAACAGUCAGCGUAGGAGACGGCGGGGUGGAAGUAAGCGAUUGGCCAACCGUGGCAACGGAGAUGCAUCAUCCAACGAGAAGGAUCGCGAUAGUUAUUACACCACUACGGACGGGGAUAGCCCUGGGGAAAGUGAAAGCCACCUGCAAUCUAAGCCGGAACAUACCGAGCAGGACAGGAACAGCGUAGCACUAGGAUCUUCAAACGAGUCAAACACCUCGGAGCACAAGAAUGCCACUGCCAAAGUGGCUGUUCUUUCGGACAGUAAAACGGAAGAUGACAUGCGCGCGCGGAGUGACUCUAGCAAUCAUGUGAGGAUAGCAGGAGUGACGUUUGACUCAAGUGAAGACUUCGUUGAGGAAAAAGGGGAACAGGACAGGAACAUUACUAAAAUAGACCCAGCCCCACCUUGGAAAUCCACCGAAAGUUUGAGCAGUGACAGAUCACAUCACAACAAACAGCUUGUGGAACCUCGGCAGAGGUCUAAAACUGAACUGGUUUCCAGCGACACUCCGCCAUGUAAGAGGAGGAAUGCCAUAGGUGGAAAUCGUGGAAUAUCUGCAUUGCCCAUCUCACCACUUGUCAGAUCCGAGGAGAGAAUUCAAAAAACCCCACCACAUGAAUUUUUCGGGGACUCUAAAGCCAGGAAAUACACCAGCAAUGUAAGACAUUCUCAGAGCAACGAUAAAGAUCCUCAGCAAGAAUUGAAAAAUGUGCCGCAUUCUGCGCCAUCUCAGGUUAAAAAUGCGGUGGAAUCUGAGAGUAGAGAGGGUAGAAAAGACAUCCUGAGGCCGAACAUAAGAGGAAAUAAACGAGAUAGCAUUCAGAAUAUGACUCGCGUCUGACCACAGUAAGAGCACAUUUUAAUACAAUGUGCAAGAGGGGAUGUGGGCUACGCAGAGCAGAAAACGGGGCUCUCGUGUUACUAUCACUACAUCCUUACUCCCCAGGCUUGAGGAAAAACCGUGAAAGCAUAG